ACUGAUAGAAUUUGGGGAUACGCCAAGCAGCGCCCUUACGCUAGAAGAGUUCAUGACUGUUGACCUUGAAGAAGAACAAGAUCCGCCGUCUUUCAAGGUAGCUCGAAAAAAAGACAAGGAACGCUUGCAAAAGUUAUUAGAAGAAGAGGCAGAGUCGCUCACUGAAUUGCAGAAGCAGAUAGAGCUGCAGUUAGAGAAGGAUGGUCAAAGAAGGAAAUUGUCUCAGUCUUGCAGAGGAAAGAUCGAAGAGGAGCAAGACACAAACAAAUUCAUCAAAGAAUCAACUUUCGGCGUAGUGAGGGAUAUUAUGGGAGAGAGCGUUGAUGAUCCUGAGGAAGAGAUGAUCUUAGGUUUAGGUGAGUUAUUCAUAUUACGAGCCCCUUCCCACUUCAGUUGGCCCACUUCAAGGUUUGUACCAAAAUAUUUUUUUUACUUCUAA